AUGUCUAACAUGUUCAACUGGACAUCUACCUUUAGGAACGCCACGAACAGUUCCUUCGACAGAAAUACGUACCUGACGGACUACCUGGGCCCUAAGCGGGGCAGUGUGGAAUCGGUAGUUAUUCUUACCACCAUCUACGGUAUCAUAUUCUUCACGGGUGUCAUCGGAAAUGUUUCAACGUGCAUAGUGGUGGCCAAAAAUUCCUACAUGCACACAGCCACGAAUUUUUACCUGUUGAGUCUUGCAAUUUCGGACGUUCUUAUACUUAUUCUUGGUCUGCCCCCGGAGCUAUACUCAAUCUGGGAAUCCUACCCCUGGAAGCUAGGAGAGUCCUUCUGUAUUUUUAAAUCCUUCCUGUCCGAAAUGACGUCCUAUGCCUCUGUGUUAACAAUAACGGCUUUUACCAUCGAGCGCUAUGUAGCAAUUUGCCACCCAAUUAAGGCGCAGACCUUGUCCAGUUUGUCUCGUGCUGUGAAAAUCAUCAUUUCCAUAUGGAUACUAGCGUGUCUGUCAGCCCUACCUUAUCCCGCUUACACACGACUGGAUUACUUCCUGCACGAUCCAAACACCGGCCAAGUGUUCCCGGAGUCCCUCAUUUGUAACGUGCCUAAACAAUGGAGCGGCAAUAUGAAAGUCAUUUUUCAAAUUUCUUUCUUCGUCUUCUUUGUCACCCCAAUGACCAUUAUCACAGUGAUGUACAUAUUGAUAGGGAAGACGCUGAAUAAAUCGGGAUUCACGUCCAAGACCACGGAUUCUUAUGACAGGUGUUCGGCUGUUUCCAGGGCCCGAAAGGCUGUCAUUAAGAUGCUAGUUGCAGUGGUAAUUGCUUUCUUCAUCUGUUGGGCCCCGUACCAUGCACAACGUCUAAUGACGUCACACAUCACGUUGCACCAAUGGACACCCGAGUUGAUGGCUAUUCAAACCUUUUUAUUUUACACUUCAGGGGUUUUAUACUUCAUCGGUUCCACUGUGAAUCCAGUGCUUUACAACCUCAUGUCGAGAAAGUUCCGACAGGCCUUUAAGCGGACGCUGUGUCGCUGUUGCUACACGUCGGAGGAACUGGCGGAAAUGGCGGGCAAGUCUGUCCUUCUCACAGGGACCACUAACUACACGUUGUAUGCAAGUAUGAAGCGGUUAUCGAAAGAUGGCACUUCAAUGGUGUCGGUGCAGUUUAACGGGUACGCUGGUCGCGGAUAUCAAGAUGGGUCUGGCUCUAUUAAGUCGACGAACACAUCCCCCGUACAUAGCAAAUUAGGACCGCAGACGACCAGCCAACGAUCAUCUUGUAACGGGUUUGCAGUUCGUAACGGUCGACUGAGUGCCAACCUGUCCGGACAACCUGCCCGAUGUCAGUCGGUGGAUGAUGUACGGGAUGCUGCCUACUCUAACCCACACACCCGACCCUUGAUCUCUAGCGCAAACAGCUAUAGCAAUUUGGAGACGGAGUCCAACGGAAGUGAAGAUCAGUCCAGACAAUCGGUAAAUUUAUCUAAAGGUCCAUCUCUAAAUUGGGUUACUCGACAAGGGGACCGGCGCGGGGAAUUUGUUUAG